UAGCUGCGUGUUACUACGAAGCAGCCAGACAGUCAGAAGGUGCUUGGAGUUGGAGCGAGCCUGUAGUGUUCCGUUACGUCGCGCCACAGCUAACUGCGUCGCAACAUUUCGCGAUGUGUUGUGUGCCUCAUAACAGGAUCUUAACACUGAGAGUCUGUAAUUAGAACGAACGACUGUGGAUUAGUUUCUCGAUACGGUUUUAUCAUACAGCUAUUACGUCACCAAAUCACAUGAUUUAGACCGAACCAGCUCAAGUGAUAAAGUGAAGUGAACUUGGGUAUGUGUGAAACACCUGUGAAAGGGGGCGUGUUUGUCUCGUGCUGCUUUGAAUCUCCUGACACUUCUUUCGGUGUUUAGGCUUCACUUCUUCAGGCAACCAUGAUGGAGCCUCCGCUUUCGGAGUUGGAUGCAGGGUUCGAGCCCCAGCAACGGGCUCGCUCGAACACGUGGCCUUUACCGCGGCCAGACAAUUUUGUGGACAUCAAGGAAGAGCCGGGUAUAAAAUGCCCUGGCGGAGUGGUGUUACCCUGUGGGGGUGUGAUGGGCCCCGAGGGAACCCUACCGGGGGCUCUACAACUGCCGGCCGCUGCUAAGAAGAACUCUAGCCGACGCAACGCAUGGGGGAACUUGUCUUAUGCUGAUCUCAUAACGCAGGCCAUCCAGUCCGCGCCCGAAAAGCGCCUCACCUUGUCCCAAAUUUACGAGUGGAUGGUCCAGAAUGUGCCCUACUUCAAGGAUAAAGGGGACAGCAACAGCUCUGCCGGUUGGAAGGUAAGAUUGCAAAGAGGAGGAGGAUUCGUGGUGACAAGUGUAGAUCCUACGUCACUCAAAGCCACCAAGGAGGAGAACUCGAUCCGCCACAACCUGUCUCUCCACAACCGCUUCAUGCGCGUGCAGAACGAGGGCACGGGCAAGUCAUCCUGGUGGAUGAUCAACCCGGACGCCAAGCCGGGGAAGAGCGCCCGCCGUCGUGCCACCUCCAUGGAGACGUCCAAGUUCGAGAAGCGCCGAGGGAGGGUCAAGAAGAAGGUGGAGGCACUGCGGAACGGCCUUCAGGCGGCGACCGACGCGACGCCCAGCCCCAGCUCCUCAAUCUCGGAGGGCCUGGACAUGUUCCCGGGGUCACCUGCCGUAGCGACGGCCAGCUUCCAGCUGAGUCCUGACUUCAGACCCCGCGCCUCCUCCAACGCUUCGUCUUGUGGCCGAAUGUCGCCCUUCCGUCCGGUGCCCGUCGAGACGGAGUGGGCGACGUACUCUACAGCGUCAGGGUUCGGUCCGGAACAGCUGGCAGGUAACUUGGCGGAGAGCAUGAAGCUACACCAAGGGGGCGAGUUUCUGCAAGGCUACGGGGGCAGCAACGGGCAGCAACCACCGCCUCCGCCGCCUCCCUACGAAUUUGGGGCUCGCCAGCAGCUACACGCAGCUUCUCCCUACGGCCUGUCUCAGUGCCAUCUACACAGGAUGCAGCCCUGUUCCUGUCAUCUCCAGCACUCGCCGUCCUACCCACAGUCCGACUCAUCACCUGACCCCUUGCGGGGCCAGCCCGUCCCUCAGGGCGCUCAGUUCGGUCCACCCCGUGCCUUGUCGUCACGUGACACCGACAGCCGCCCCGGCACCCCUACCCCGUCCACAAUGAUGGGGCAGCUAAUGGGCGCUCUGAACAACAACGCCCUACUGGACGACCUUAACCUCAACAUCGAAACUCUGCACGGCGGGUUUGACUGCAAUGUGGAGGAAGUGAUCAAGCAUGAGCUAAGCAUGGAUGGAAGUCUGGACUUCAAUUUCUCCCAACACCACCAUCACCACCACCCAGGGGGGCAUCAGGCGCCUCCAGGAGCCCAGGAGUUGCAACAAGGCGUCGGAGCCCAGCAACCGGCCACACCUUACUCUACCACUGUGUCGACAGGGCCCUCCUGGGUGCACUAGCCCUCAACAGGGCCCCCGGCCGGGCGAGGAGGAGGCUACCUGCAGCUCCCACGUGAUCCCUGAACCAGACUUGUUGAUGGCUGGUGGAGCCCUGGAAUAAGACUGUGGAUCAGUAUAACCGAAUUAUUGGACCAAGCUGAUUCGUGUGUUCUCAGUGGAAACUUUUCCGAAAGUGGUGAUUUAUUUUUAAGCAGAUUAGUGGCAGCGAGAUAUUGUGCACAUCGAUCUGUUCGUCAUGCUCAAGCAACAUAAAGUGACGUCAAUAUUUGUCUUCUGUGAGCGAUCGCGAGGCACUCAACAUAAGUCACCGUGACGCCUGGGCGUCACUAGUUCUGAUCAAAACGACCCAGUAUAUAUCUGAAGCCUCUCGCAGUGUUCCCAAAGAAACCGUUAAAAUAUCUGGGGAUUCCCGAACUAUAACAAAAGAGCACAUAUGAAAUUAUUUACGCUCUGCUGAAUUUUAUGCAAUUAUGCAGCCUCGUUUUAAGGUGUACCCGUGCUAAUACAACGAAAAUUAACUUUUAAGAUUACAUCCUUCUGGGAUGCGACGACGUAUGGUGGAAGUCUGCCGACGUUUCGAAGGAACAUACUGCUUCUAUCAUUUAGGAUCGAAGAAUAAGUCAAGAAGAAUGCGCCAAACUUUUUAUCAGACUACAUGGCUUCACAUCCUGGAAGAUGGAACCCUUUAUAAACAUCACCGUGAGAACCUAAGUCUCACGAAAAGUAAAUCAGCUGUAGCUGUAGCCUAGCAGACAACGAACUGUCUUUCUGUAACCGAAAAGCUAUUCCU